UGCUUUCUUUGAGCUACAGAAGCGUUUUAUAAAAAAAACCUUAACAAAUUACUUUAACAACGUAUAGUAACGUGAUUUGUUUGUAGCAAAAUAUUUUUUUUGUGUGCCACCAAAUAGUGCAAUAACUGAGCUAUGAUUUGCUGUGUAUAGUAAAGUUUUAAUAUUACGAUGUUUCAAAACAUCAACAUCCAUUGUUUAAUGGAGGGUAGUGAGUGAUUUCUAUAAACAUGGAGCAAGCUGAAGAACCCUCCGAGCAGGCAACAUGCUCUUACGAGCAGACGGGCGCGAGCGAGCAAGCAGAGAGCGCCGCCGAACCGAUGGAAUGCUCGGAACCAACUGGACAGACGGAGGAGGUGGCAUGGUUGUCAGAUCAGAGGGAGGGCUCUUAUGAGCAAGUGGUACUGUCGUCUGGCUCGGAGGCGCGGUCCCCUGAACCGACAACAAGCGAGAAACCGACACAGGAUGAAGAGUUUUCGGACCCCUGGCUGAACCGCUUCGUGGAGCAGCUAGGCCGGGUGCCGUCCCUGUGGCGCCCCGGGAUGCACAACCACACAGGGGUCAUAAAGGAGAAGACAGCGCGCGGGUUCGGGUACAUGCGCCUGAUGACGGGGCUGGAGCCCGGCGCCGGGGGCGACAACAAGACGCGCAUCGCGCGCGCUCACGCGCUGUGCAGGAGGUUCUUCACAGCUCUGAAGAGAGAGUUGCGAAAAGCGGCCGCCGGCGCCCUCGAGUUAAACCCGUUAGCGAGUCCUGAUGAAGCUCUUCGAAGCUGUCCGAUCUGGGUGCGCCGAGCCGACUCCUUCCUCAACCAGAUGCCCCAUAUGGUCGCUCAACUCAACGCUCAACGGCAGGAUAAAGAAAAGAAGGUGAGUCCUGAUGAAGCCGGCCGAGGUUAUCCGAUCUGGGUGCGCCGAGCCGACUCCUUCCUCAACCAGAUGCCCCUUAUGGUCUUUCAAUUCAACGCUCAACAGCUAGACAAAGGCAAGAAGGUGAGUCCUGAUGAAGCCCCCUGAAGGUGUCCGGUCCG